AUAUAGAGCUAUCCAUAGCACAGUGCAAUCAUUCAGUGAAUACACUCUGAGUUAGACUAUUGAUUUUAUUGGUGCUAUCGAGGUGUAAUCUUCUAUUGCAGAAAGAUGUAUCACCUCCUUCUGCUGCUAGUGACUGCUGCGGCAGUUGCUAACGACCUACCGCCUUCUUGCAACAGGUCGAUCUAUUGUGACAGUGAACUGCUUCAUCAUGUGCAAUUGGCGCGUCUCUACCCCGACUCCAAAACCUUUGUCGACCUCCACAUGAGAGAUUCCGAGGAGGUAAUCCUUACUGAUUUUCAAAAACUCCUCAACGAAACGAGCAAUCCCACUAAAGAACAGCUACAAGCGUUCGUCGACAAACAUUUUGACUCUACCAGCGAACUCGAGAAUUGGACUCCACAUGACUUCAAUGAAAACCCCAGUUUCCUUACUGGUAUUCGAGAUGAACAAUUGAAGCAGUUCGCCAAAGAUAUUAAUGGAAUUUGGCCUGGCCUCGGUAGAAAAGUUAAGUCACAAGUUUUCGAAAAUCCUGACAGGUUCAGUUUUAUCCCUAUCAAUCACGGAUUUAUUAUACCCGGGGGCAGGUUCACUGAAAUAUAUUAUUGGGAUACUUAUUGGAUCAUCGAAGGAUUGCUGAUUAGUGGAAUGAAGGAAACCGCCAAAGGUAUGAUUGAGAACUUGAUACAGCUUUUGAAGACCGUGGGUCACGUUCCCAAUGGAAGCAGAUGGUAUUAUCAGGAAAGAAGUCAGCCCCCUCUAUUAUCAGCCAUGAUGUCCCUUUAUAUUCGUGAAACUAUGGAUAUAGCAUUUUUAAGGAAUAACAUCAAGGCAUUAGAAGAGGAGUUGAGUUAUUGGCUGGACACUCAAAUAAUAACAUUCGAUAAGGAAGAUAAGUCAUACAUGUUACUAAGAUACUUUUCCCCCAGCAAUGGUCCUCGUCCAGAAUCUUAUUAUGAGGAUUACAAUUCCGGGUUGUCAUUCACUUCAGACGAACGCAAGCAGGAGUUCUACACUGAUAUAAAAAGUGCAGCUGAAAGCGGUUGGGACUUUUCAUCCCGUUGGUUUGUCGAUAACAAUGGUAGUAACACUGGAAACCUGACCACUAUUCACACUAAAGACAUUAUCCCCGUAGAUUUGAAUGCUAUAUUCGCAAACGCUUUACAAAAUAUGGCUUACUUUCAAGCACUACUUUUGAACCCAUUGAGAGCCGCCCAUUGGGCGUACCUAGCGAAACAAUGGAGAAACAAUAUCGAAGCAGUACUCUGGGAUGAAGCAGACGGUGUAUGGUACGACUAUGAUUUGCCAUACAAAAGUCACCGCAAAUAUUUCUACCCAAGUAAUGUUGCCCCAUUGUGGAUGGGUGCAGUGUCCAAAGGGUUGAUUAGGAAACGUUCUGCUCGCGUACUCAACUAUUUGGAGAACUCACAUGGUCUAGACUUUGAGGGCGGUAUCCCUUCGUCGCUGAUCAGGAGCGGGGAGCAGUGGGACUUUCCUAACGCAUGGCCUCCGCUAGUCAGCAUUGUUGUUAAUGCUCUGGAGGCUCUUGGCACUGACGAGGGAAAGAAGGUGGCUUUCCAUGUAGCACAAACGUGGGUGCGCGCUUGUUUUAAAGGUUUCUCGGUAAAUAAACAGAUGUUUGAGAAAUACGAUGCUGAGGUACCUGGUCAGUUCGGUGGCGGUGGUGAGUAUAAAGUCCAGAGUGGGUUCGGCUGGUCCAAUGGUGUGGUAUUAGAAUUUCUUGCUAAAUAUGGAAGAAGAAUGACUUCACAUGAUUAAAUUCUAAUAUUAUUUUUAGAAGAAGAAGACAAAGAGAAUACCAUAAUAAUAAAUUUAUCAAGGACACAGUCACAGUGGAGUGGCUUUAAAUACUAGCCGUACGAUG